GCGAGGGUGGGCGAGCGCGAGGGCUGGGAGGGGUCGCCGGGCUGGAGCUCGCCAUGUGGAGGCAAGCCGGGGAGGGUCAUGGUGGUGAUGACGGCCCGCUCCGGCUGGUGCCCUGGCCUCUUCGGGGUGGACUGCCGCCUCUCCCUGUCGGCCGGCUCGGAGUCUCGGGGCUGCCAGGCCUCCCUCUUGGCCCGGUGUUGGGAGCAGGGCGGGGUGAGGGCGGGGCAAGGCGACCUGGAGGCUUUCCAUGCGGGGCGCGACCCUGCGCGUCUUGAGCCAGCCUACACCCCCUCGGAGGCGGACUGGGUGGCUGUGGCGCGGCUCUGCCAGGGUUUCUCCCUGGGGUCCAUCGCGGCCAUGGCGCGGCGAGCGAAGAGGCGCUUGGCCAGCCCGGCCCCCGGCAGCAAUAGAGGAGCGGCCGAGGACCCUGGAGAGUCAUGGCGGGCCGCUUUCACGCAGGCUGUGGCCGAGAGUCGAGCCCAGCAGCUGGCGCGUGGAACGGGCAUGACAACCGUCCUGAGGGUAGAGCCCCCGGUGACAUGGACCGAGGUGGGGGGCCAGGCGGCGGCCAAGGAGGCAGUGCGGGAGAUGAUAGUCUGGCCCAUGGCGAGACCCAAGGCUUUCGCGCGCCUCGGCAUCGACCCUCCCGCGGGGCUCCUCCUUUAUGGCCCCCCUGGGACUGGGAAGACGCUGAUCGCGAAGGCGGCCGCCUGUCAGUGCGGGGCCGGCUUUAUGUGGCUGCGGAUUACGGACGUGGUGAGGGGCGAGGUAGGUACGGGGGAGAAGCUCCUGCGAGA